AUUAUCAAGGUGACGAACUAAUCGUUUCACGACCUUUUGACCUUCAAGUGCUCAGUAACCUUCAUCAGUGGUUGAACCACUGAAGCGUUGCUUAACGAGUUAAACUAUUUGCCUCUAGUUUCUGUUCCAAGAUUGUUUGAAUCUGAGUCUCGUGUUACUACAGAUUGCUGUCUAUUAGUUCCCGAAGUAAAUUUUUGCUUCACAUUUCCAGAAAGAUUUAGUCAUAGAGAUUAUUCUGAAUCCCGCUUCGUUAUGAAUAAAUUCUCGAUAUUUUUCGCGAAACACUCACAAAAGUUAGCACUCUUAUGCGCGGCCACAGCAUGUUCACUAUCUUAUUAUGUUCAGCCGUAUUAUGAAGUUCUUUGUCGUUGGUCUGUCACACGACUUGACGUAGAAUGGGAAGCAAAGCCAUCUGAACGAAUUUUACGAAUAACAAAAGAAAUUUGUUCUCAAUUCAAUAUGACCGAUUAUCAGAAAUCUCAGUUAGAUAUAUUUCUUACGCCUGUAGAUGAGUCACUAGUCUUAGGUUCUUUACGAUCACCCGGUUAUGCAUUUAUUGGAUUGCCUUACUUUUUUGGAUAUGAAAGUCCCUCUGAAAUACCUCUAGAUUCACUAGACUUCUAUCGACCAUACUUUCCUUAUGGACCUUUUUCGAAAAUUGGCAAAGAUCGUCUAGAUCUUAUGAAUUUACCUGAAUCAGCUUUGAAAUUCCUUAUAGCACGUGAAAUUAUUCGACUUCAAGGAGUUACAAUCACAGAUCAAAAGUUACCUUUAUCAGCUCGUAGUCAAUCACUACUUACUAUAAAUUCAAUCAUUGGCAGUUUUUAUUUAUCAUAUCAAACGAUAUUUCUUCUCAACAGAACUACCAGAUUGCCUCUACGUGUAUCGAUUGCUUCAAAAUUAUUAAUCUACACUUUUAUAUAUUUGUCUGGACUGUUUUUUCAACAUCAAAUUAUAUUAGCUUGGCGUAGAUAUUGUUGUUUACGAGCUGAUCAAAUUGUUUGCAGUCUAGGUGAAUCAUUUAGACAAGGUGGUCUUCAAUAUUAUGAUUGGCGUUUACGAUGGAAUCAAUUUUGGGCGGAACGACAAGAAGAAUUCAAAGAAAGAAAACGGUUGAUUAAAACAAACAAUCAUGAUGAAACAGUCAGUUAUGAUCCUGUUAUGAAACACCAAUUGGAAAAUGAAAAAUCUGCAGAGAGGAAUACUACUCAAACUGAUUAUUAUCUUCCUAAAUCUGAAGAUGCUCCACUUGACUUAUCAGUAAUGAAACAACAACUCUCAAACGAUAAAAACCAAAAUAAUACAAAUUAUCUUCAAAGAAAUCGAUUCAAUGUUUCCGGCAAUGAAUUAUGGGCUGGAGACGGUGAUGGUAUUAAUUUAGGAUGGACUGGAAUGUUGGCUAUUGGAUUAAUGCCAAGAAUAAUAUCUUCAUUAUUUAGUUUGUUCUCUUCACCAGCAACUAGUUCUCAACGUUAUAAUCAAUUAACUGAAUUGGAAGUUAAAACAAUCACUUAACUUUAUUUUCUUUGCUUUCUUAUUGCAUAUUAAAUACAUGUAAAUAGUUUAUGAA